AUGAACCCCCUGUCCAACGAGAAGCACCCUGAACAUGGGCUCGCGGAUGUGUCCGUUGCCGUCGACUCGAGCGACGAUGGCGCGGACGAGAACGGAAAGAGGCCCGUGCCUCUCAAGAUGAAGAUUCUCUCUGUGGUCGUUGAGCUCAAGAUCAACAACACCCAAUUCGCGGUCCUUGACUCUAGCGAAAACUUCAUCAAGACAGCCUUGAUCCUGCUCAGUGGGAUCUUGACGGAUCGCUAUGGAGGAGCAAGUACGUACAGCUUCACCGGUGUCCCUCGCAGGCAAUCACUAACACCAGACUCUCUUCAAGGUACCAUGCUCUGGGGCAACGCCAUCUUCAGUCUCGGAGCCAUCCUUAUUGCUGCAGCAACUCAAGUUCGAAGCUACAAGUUCAUGAUUGGCGGGAUUGUCAUCCAGGCGUUCGGGGACGUCGCAACGCAAGUCGCCCAGUACAAGAUCUUCUCUUCGUGGUUCCCGCCCUCGUCCGGCUUCGCGUCGACGCUGGCCUUUGAGCUAGGCAUCGGCAAGAUCGGCUCCUUCGUCGGCAAGUCCACGGCCAACAUCAUCGCCAAGAACUUGGGCAACUUCAGCUGGGCUUACUGGAUGGCCGUCUUUAUGAAUCUCUUUACCAACGUGGCGACCCUGUUCUUCUGGUGGUUCACCCGUUGGUGCGAGAAGCGCUACAGCGGGACCCGGGACCCCGCUACGGGAGAGAAGCUGACGGAGAGCAACAAGAAGCUGGAGAUCCGCAAGAUGCUGCGCCUCCCCUGGACGUUCUGGCUCGUGUGUCUGUUCUCGCUGUUCCAGACCUCCACGGCCGGCAUCUUCUCGACCAACAGUACGGAGCUGGCCCAGCAGCGCUUCAAGAUCGACGCGGUCAAGGCCGGCUGGUACUCGUCCAUGUCUCAGUAUCUCGGCUUCUUCUUCGUGCCGCUCGUGGGCAUCUUCAUCGACGUGGUCGGCCAACGUCUGACCGUCAUGCUCGUCUGCGGGAUGGGUAUGUUGCUCGCCAUGUCGCUGGCGGCUUGGGGUCCGACGGUGGCCGGCACCGCCGCUAGUUUUGGUAUCUAUGCGGUCGCUUCCUCUCUUGGGCCCACCGUCAUCAUCGACAGCAUCCGCACGAGCAUGUGGUACCAGGAGGUCUUUGGCUCGGGAUACGCCAUUAAGAUCGCCAUCAACAACAGCAUGACCCUCAUCGUCGGCAUCGUUGCUGGCGUCAUACAAGAUCGCGACAACAACAGUUAUAACAAUGUCGUCGUCCUCUAUGUGGCUCUUGCCUCCGGUGCCGUCGUUGUUGGCGCCAUCAUGGUCUGCCUCGCCUUUUGGACGGACAUGAUCGGCUUCUUGCAGUGGGGCCGGAAGAAGAGGAUUCAGAAGGGCCACAUCAUCAACGCGAAGAAGGAGGAGUUCGAGACAAACAGCUACGCGCAGUUCAACCGCAGGCUCAGUCUCGUCAACUUUGUCGCUGUCGUCUUUCUGAUCCUCGGUGGCUGGGCGGCGUACUUCUAUGGUCUCGGCAAUAAGAAAUAUCUGAGCUAG